AUGGUCUGGUAUCCCCUCGAGUUCUGCUACAGGGCAGGCAUUACAGACAUCACACUCAUCUGCCCUCCCUCGGCCGAGAAGGCGAUAGCUUCAACUCUAAGUCUGAACCCUGCCUUGACGAGCCUCCCUUUACCACGGCCUGAUUUGCUGGCACCAAAGGACCUGGAUCACAACACCGGCACAGCAGAGAUCCUGCGACUUCCUGAGGUCAGGUCGGCCGUCACCGGAAACUUUGUGGUUCUUCCGUGCGACCUCGUCUGCGAGCUGGGUGGCGAUCAACUUCUUCAGGCAUGGAUGGUGAACUGCGAGACUUUGAGGGAUCUGGUAGGGAACGGAUCUGGUCUGAUUCCCGAAGACCAGGGCCCGCAUAGUGGCGGCAUGGGAGUCUGGUAUCAGACCAAGACGGAGACUCCCGUCAAAGGAGAAGAAACCGAUUUCAUCGCCACGACGCCUUUGGCAGCUGCAGCACCCUCCUCCAAAGAAACUCUGACCUCGCACAUGUCGAAUCUGGUCUACUCGAUGCCUACUGACUCGCUGAACGACUUGAUGGAGGAGAGAAACGGCUACCCUCUGCGGCACGGGCUCAUUCGAAGACAUCCCCGGAUCCAAGUGCGGACGACGUAUCGAGACGCGCACAUUUACAUCUUCCCCAAGUGGGUAUUAGACUUUGUUCGCGACAACGAUCGCCUCGACAGCAUCGGAGAAGAUGUGAUUGGCUGGUGGGCCAAGGCAGGUUGGCAAACGGGACUCGCACAGAAACUAGGAUUCGACAAGAUAUUCGCCCCAAAAGACUCAAAAAAGACAGACACAGACUCUUUGCACGACGACAGCAUGUCUUCCGAGCUCACGGGUUCUGAUGGCGUAUCUGGUGGAAUGGUAGACGGUGCCACAAAAUCGUCCGCCGCAAAAGACUCCCCCACUUCCACCGACGAUGUCGUGCCUCCCAUCCUUGCCUACAUUCACCCGUCCAAGCCAACCGCGCCCAUCGUUCGGAGGGUGGAUACCGCUCAGCUGCUACUGAACGUCUCGCUCCAGCUUGCAAAGCUUCCCUCUGUUGAAGAGGCCGAGGCUGGCGGCGAGACGCCGUCCCCUUUUGCACACCCCAAGAAAGUCAUGUACCCGGAGGGCGUCAGGGGCCGAACGACAAUCACGCGCCCAGACAGCCUCGUUGGGGAGAACGUGAUGGUAGACGAAAAAGUGGCCAUCAAGGAGUCAGUUGUCGGCGCCAACUGUCAGAUCAAGGAGGGGGCCAAGCUCUCCCAGUGCUUGCUCAUGGAUGGGGUCGUGAUCGGCAAGGGAUGUAAGCUUACCCGGUGCAUCCUGGGAAAGCGGAGCGAAAUCGGAGAUAAUUGCACAUUGACGGACUGUGAGGUGCAGGAGAACCUACUCAUCGAGCCCAGGACGGAGGAUAAGAACGCCAAGCUGAUGAGCAGCUCCGGCCUGGAGGCUACGGAAGAGGAGAUUCAGGAGGUGUAUCAAGAGUUCGAGACCGGCGAUGCGGCUCCGGGAGGUGACGUAGCGGUGGUUUAA